UUUAUAUCCAAUCGGAUUCUAUGUAAAGAUUUUUUUGUUCGUGUGUGGCAGAUAAGGAGAAAACAGAGAAACAAAAUCUCUUAUCCAACUCGUGUUGCCACGUGGACAGAUAUAGUUGGUGAAGCAGAUACUAAUCUAAUCUGAGCAAAACCAGUUGGGCUGUUUCAAAACCACAAGUACUUGACCUUAAUCUUUCUACGCAACACACUGCCUUGCAGAACCUGAACCAUCAUCAUCAUCUCUUGGUGACAGAAGAGAAGAAGUUAAGGAAAAAAAAAUGGCAGCGCAAGCACUUGUGUCUUCUUCACUCACCUCCUCUGUUCAGACCGCUAGACAGAUAUUCGGCACAAAACCAGCUGUGUCCGUAUCACAGAAGAAGAGUUCCUUAGUUGUUAAGGCUGCCUCAACUCCACCUGUCAAGCAAGGAGCAAACAGACCAUUGUGGUUUGCAUCUUCACAGAGUCUCUCUUACUUGGAUGGCAGCUUACCUGGUGACUAUGGAUUCGACCCGCUUGGUCUAUCAGACCCAGAGGGCACAGGAGGGUUCAUCGAACCGAGAUGGUUAGCCUACGGAGAGGUCAUUAAUGGACGGUUCGCUAUGUUGGGAGCAGCAGGAGCUAUAGCACCUGAGAUCUUUGGAAAGGCCGGUCUGAUUCCAGCGGAAACAGCUCUUCCCUGGUUCCAAACCGGUGUGAUUCCACCAGCUGGCACAUACAGCUACUGGGCUGACCCUUACACACUCUUUGUCCUCGAGAUGGCUCUGAUGGGAUUCGCCGAGCACAGGAGGUUGCAGGACUGGUACAACCCAGGAUCUAUGGGGAAACAGUACUUCUUGGGACUAGAGAAAGGUUUCUCCGGUUCGGGUGACCCGGCUUACCCGGGAGGACCUUUCUUUAACCCUCUUGGGUUUGGGAAAGAUGAAAAGUCGAUGAAGGAGUUGAAACUCAAGGAGAUCAAGAACGGUAGACUAGCUAUGCUCGCCAUCCUCGGUUACUUCAUUCAGGGGCUAGUGACUGGCGUUGGGCCUUACCAGAACCUUCUUGACCAUUUGGCGGAUCCCGUCAACAACAAUGUCUUGACCAGCCUUAAGUUUCACUGAGAUGAUCAUAUUAUAUGAUCCGAAUGUGUUUUUUUCUGUUGUUGGUCUCCAUAUUCGCUUGUAUCCUACAGUCUUGCUUUCUCUCUUGGUACCAUCGAGCUUCUUCGUAUUGUAACACCCUUUGUAAACAUAUUCGUCUUUUGUAAGAAAAUGACAAUGUCAAUGGCCAUAAAGAACAACUUCUAGGAUUAAUGGUUUGGUAAUGCUUAAAAGUAUUCACGACAACGAAAUAUAGAACUGAGACAUCUUGUGGUUUCAGAUAAUUCCUCCG